AUGGCAUAUCUAAACAUUUGUAACGGUUUGGGACUUGCCAAGACCGACUUGGGUGAGAGUUGGAAGACGAGAGACCUAAAGAGCUCGAACAGUCUGCACGAGACCAAAGACCGCAAACUUAGAUACAUGGUUCGACGAGUGGGUGACGAUCACCCGACUCCUUACGGAGGCCAAGAUGCCAGAGACGACUAG